AGGACCUCGCUCGGGGAAUUCUGGCGUCACUGGGGGCGGGUCCGGGGGCGGGGCCUGGCCUCGUUGUGGCGCGGCUCGUAAUCCAUUAUGGCGGCUUCGGGGGUCGGUAUCUAUCCCUGAGAGGCGUCGGAGCUGGAACCGGGUGCCGGGUCCUGCGGCUGAGGAGCCCUUCCGCGGCAUAAACACACCCAUUGGCUGGAGAAGCCGGGUUCCUCGGCAGAGCCGGGCAUGUGACUGCUCGGCGGCGACGGCGGCAGAGGCCGGAGCCGGGGAGGGGUGUCUCGGGUAGAGACCCCUGGGCUCGGGGCAGCUGAGGCGCUGGGCCUCCUCCCCUGUGGCUGCCUCCCGGUUCGGGACCGCGGGAGUCCUUCGUCCCUCAUAGCCCUGCUCUGGCUCUGGGACACCCAGAGUGGUCUCAGUUUCUCCCUACCUGGGACACCCUGUUUCCUGAGGAGGAGGAGCGUCGCCCCCGAGUAAGCCGCCCCUGCCCUGCCUGGGAAGUCUCUUUCUCACCCCCAGGCCGCCUUUCUAUCGAUUUCAACCCCAAAUUUGCUACGGAGCUCCUCAUUCAAAUCAUAUCCCUGCUGUCAAGAGAUCUCCGGGGGUCCUCCCAGAUUGCUUCCGCUGGCCUCAGAUGUCCUGACUGAUUCCAAUGUCACCUACAGCCCCAUCGGUCACAGUGCAGCCCAAAACUCUAAUGCAAAGGAAAAGUCUGGAUUGGUUUCACAGGCCUUUUAAAAAGCGGACUUAAAAGUUGCUGGUCAUGCAUUCCUUCUCCUCAGAGUGGAGAGCAAGCUCUCGAUGAGAUCUGUGUGACCCGUGUCAUUUUCCGAGACUAGGGCAGGGAAGUGAGAGCGGCAGGAAAUUUGUUACAAGAUGGAGAGACAGAGAUAGGUUGACUUCCACAGGAAAGAUUGCAGAGAACAUCAAAGAAGCUCAACGUUUCCAUCGCACUGAGGAGUUGAAAUGACUUUCAUUACUGUUGACCCUUUUCUUACUUCUCUGUGAAUAUUUUUAUCUGAAGUUUUUCCUCUUGCAAAGAAAGUGUUCCUCGGCUCGCAACAUAAACUUAGAUCAAGAAACUUUUGGGUAGCAUUGCAGUUACUUCUAACUACGCUGGGAAAGAAUUCCAGACUCCUGUUUACAUGUGUGAACCUCAAACCCAGCUUUUCUUUCUCAGGGAAGUUGUCUGUGAUUGACCCAAGUCGGUGGUGUGAAGUUCUGGUUAUAUACUGUUGCCGGCUAACCCCCACAGAGCAUUCGGAAAGAUCGUGAACCCUCUUCUGGAAAGGGGCGCCUAUCAUUGCUUUAUGGGGCAGCAGCCUGGAAAAGUUCUUGGGGACCAAAGAAGGCCUAGUUUGCCCGCCCUGCAUUUUAUCAAAGGGGCAGGGAAGAGGGACUCAUCGAGGCAUGGGGGCCCACACUGCAAUGUCUUUGUGGAACACGAAGCCCUGCAGAGACCAGUAGCCUCUGACUUUGAGCCCCAGGGUCUCAGUGAAGCAGCUCGAUGGAACUCGAAGGAGAACCUUCUUGCUGGGCCCAGUGAAAAUGACCCCAACCUCUUUGUGGCACUCUAUGAUUUUGUGGCCAGCGGAGAUAACACUCUCAGCAUCACUAAAGGUGAAAAGCUCCGGGUCUUAGGUUAUAAUCACAAUGGGGAGUGGUGUGAAGCCCAAACGAAAAAUGGCCAAGGAUGGGUCCCAAGCAACUACAUCACCCCUGUCAACAGCCUGGAGAAACAUUCCUGGUAUCACGGACCUGUAUCUCGAAAUGCUGCUGAGUAUCUGCUAAGCAGCGGAAUCAACGGCAGCUUCUUAGUGCGGGAGAGUGAGAGUAGCCCUGGCCAGAGGUCCAUCUCGCUGCGGUAUGAAGGGAGAGUGUACCACUACAGGAUCAACACUGCCUCUGAUGGCAAGCUGUACGUCUCCUCGGAGAGCCGCUUCAACACUCUGGCUGAGUUGGUUCACCAUCAUUCUACAGUGGCUGAUGGGCUCAUCACCACACUCCACUACCCAGCUCCCAAGCGCAACAAGCCCACCAUCUACGGCGUGUCCCCCAACUACGACAAGUGGGAAAUGGAGCGCACUGACAUCACCAUGAAGCACAAGCUGGGUGGAGGCCAGUACGGGGAGGUGUACGAGGGCGUCUGGAAAAAGUACAGCCUCACUGUGGCCGUGAAGACCUUGAAGGAGGACACCAUGGAGGUGGAGGAGUUCCUGAAGGAAGCCGCAGUGAUGAAGGAGAUCAAACACCCUAACCUGGUGCAGCUGCUAGGGGUGUGUACCCGGGAACCUCCAUUCUACAUCAUCACUGAGUUCAUGACCUAUGGAAACCUGCUGGACUACCUGAGGGAGUGUAACCGGCAGGAGGUGAGCGCCGUAGUGCUGCUCUACAUGGCCACACAGAUCUCAUCAGCCAUGGAGUACCUGGAGAAGAAGAACUUCAUCCACAGAGACCUUGCUGCCCGGAACUGCCUGGUAGGGGAAAACCACUUGGUGAAGGUGGCUGAUUUUGGCCUGAGCAGGUUGAUGACAGGGGACACCUACACGGCCCAUGCUGGAGCCAAAUUCCCCAUCAAGUGGACAGCACCUGAGAGCCUGGCCUACAACAAGUUCUCCAUCAAGUCGGACGUCUGGGCAUUUGGAGUAUUGCUCUGGGAAAUUGCUACGUAUGGCAUGUCACCUUACCCGGGAAUUGACCUGUCUCAGGUUUAUGAGCUGCUGGAAAAAGACUACCGUAUGGAGCGCCCUGAAGGCUGCCCAGAGAAGGUCUACGAGCUCAUGCGAGCAUGUUGGCAGUGGAACCCCUCUGACCGGCCCUCCUUUGCUGAAAUCCACCAAGCCUUUGAAACCAUGUUCCAGGAAUCCAGUAUCUCAGAUGAGGUGGAGAAGGAGCUGGGGAAACGAGGCAUGAGAGGAGCUGCUGGGAGCAUGCUGCAGGCCCCAGAGCUGCCCACCAAGACCAGAACCUGCAGGAGAGCAGCUGAGCAGAAAGAUGCGCCUGACACCCCUGAGCUGCUCCACACGAAGGGCCUGGGAGAAAGCGAUGCACUGGACAGUGAGCCUGCUGUAUCGCCACUGCUUCCUCGGAAAGAGCGCGGACCCCCAGAUGGCAGCCUGAAUGAAGAUGAGCGCCUUCUCCCCAAAGAUAAAAAGACCAACCUGUUCAGCGCCUUGAUCAAGAAGAAGAAGAAAAUGGCACCAACACCCCCUAAGCGCAGCAGUUCCUUCCGAGAGAUGGAUGGCCAGGCAGAACGCAGAGGGGCUACUGAGGAUGACGGCCGGGAAAUCAGCAACGGACCAGCAGCUCUCACCUCAGAUGCAGCAGAGCCUGCCAAGUCCCCAAAGACCAGCAAUGGGGCUGGCGUCCCCAAUGGGGCCUUCCGGGAGCCGGGCAACUCAGGCUUCCGUUCUCCCCACAUGUGGAAAAAGUCCAGCACACUGACCAGCAGCCGGCUGGCUGCUGCUGAAGAGGAGAGUGGCAUCAGCUCCAGUAAGCGUUUCCUGCGUUCUUGCUCAGCCUCCUGCAUGCCCCAUGGGACUAGGGACACAGAGUGGCGGUCAGUCACACUGCCUCGAGACCUGCCAUCUGCUGGUAAACAGUUUGACUCAUCCACCUUUGGAGGGCACAAAAGUGAAAAGCCAGCUCUACCUCGGAAACGCACCAGUGAGAGUAGGUCUGAGCAGGUGGCCAAAAGCACCUCGACACCUCCUCCCCGGCUUGUGAAGAAGGCUGAGGAGGCCGCUGAGGAAGUCUUCAAAGACAUGGAAUCCAGCCCUGGCUCCAGCCCUCCCAGCUUGACUCCCAAACUACUCCGUAGGCAGGUUACUGCUUCUCCUUCCUCUGGCCUCUCUCACAAGGAAGAGGCCACCAAGGGCAAUGCCUUGGGCACGGGGACUCCCGCCACUGCAGAGCCAGCACCCCCCAGCAACAAAGUGGGCCUCAGCAAGGCCUCCUCUGAGGAGAACCGCGUAAGGAGGCACAAGCAUAGCUCGGAGUCCCCAGGGAGAGACAAGGGGAGGCUGUCCAAGCUCAAGCCUGCCCCACCGCCUCCGCCUGCCUGCACAGGGAAAGCAGGAAAGCCUACACAGAGUCCCAGCCAAGAGGCCGGGGAGGUAGGUGGGGCCACCAAGACAAAAUGCACAAAUCUGGCUGUGGACGCUAUGAACAAUGACCCCACCAAGGCUGGCCCACCUGGAGAAGGACUGAGAAAGCCUGUGCCCCCAUCUGUGCCAAAGCCCCAGUCGACUACUAAGCCUCCAGGGACCCCCACCAGCCCAGUCUCUACCCCCUCCACAGUGCCAGCACCUUCACCCCUGGCUGGGGACCAGCAGCUAUCUUCUGCCGCCUUCAUCCCCCUCAUAUCAACCCGUGUGUCUCUUCGAAAGACCCGUCAGCCGCCAGAGCGCAUCGCCAGUGGCACCAUCACCAAGGGUGUGGUUCUGGACAGUACUGAAGCCCUGUGCCUUGCCAUCUCCCGGAACUCGGAGCAGAUGGCCAGCCACAGUGCCGUGCUGGAGGCUGGCAAGAACCUGUACACCUUCUGUGUGAGCUAUGUGGACUCUAUCCAACAGAUGAGGAACAAGUUUGCCUUCCGUGAGGCUAUCAACAAGCUGGAGAGCAACCUCCGAGAGCUGCAGAUCUGCCCCGCAACAGCCUCCAGUGGGCCAGCUGCCACACAAGACUUCAGCAAGCUGCUUAGCUCUGUGAAGGAGAUCAGCGACAUUGUCCGGAGGUAGCAGCAACCAGUGUAUGUCAGCGAGAGAUGUUGCAGUCCACAGGGCUUUUGUGCCUAUAAAGAUGGGGACAGAGAACUGGGGAGCUGGCGUCUUUCAGCUUUACAGAGCAUCAAGCAGAGCCAGGGUCUGUGGAGUCGGCCCUUCCUCCUAUGCUGUGCUCCAGCUGCCCUGCACCUUUCCUACCCAGCCCAGGCGCCUCAAGCUGUCUCUCCUCACUGCCUGUGGGUGGGCCUCCUGCUCUGAAGACUGCAGCUGGCCUGCCUGGCCACCAGGCUUCUCACUCCCCGGUGCCUCAGACCCAGCUCCCCAGUCAGCCUGGAGUGCCCUUCCCUAGAAUGACCUCCUCUGAUGGAUCUUCUUGUCGCCAAGGCAUGGGCGCCCCUGGGCUUGCUGUCCCUGAACUUUCUAUGCUUAAAAACUGUCCCAGAGAGCCUGUGCUCACUGUUUUUUCAUUUGAAGGAAGCUGUUGCUUUAAGGGUUAUGAGGUGCUAAAGCCAGGGGUCCAGGCGGGUGGGUACUGGAAACAGGAGCUGGGCAGUGUGGUCUGUCACCUGCUCUCAAUAUCCUCAGCAGUGUGCCCUGCAUUCCUGGAUAGCAAGCUUGAGUUUCAUGGGUGGCAGUCACUGGCUGGCCAGGCACUAGCCAGGCCAAGCCUAGGACUCCAGGGGCUCCCCAAAAUCUGAAUUUCUGAGUAGUCUUCAUCCCCUCUCCUGCUCUAAGGGCAGGCCCAUGCUCUCUGGUCCCUGCCUUGAUGACGAGGGUCCAGCCUUGUGGUGUUUUGGGGCAUUUCAAAGGUCUAUAUAGAAAGGAACAGCCACUAGGUACAAACAGGCAGGGAGUGGGGCUCUCCUGAGCCCUGACCGCUGCUCAGAACUGCUGCUUAACCACUGAGAACAGUGCUUAGCCCAGAGCUCCUGGGAGGCACGAACAGCACGCUGGGCUUGGGUGUCCUUGCAGACUCAGCCAGGGCAAUCCUUCCUUCCUGAGGAAGCAGGACCAGAGCUGAGCACAGGCACAAGUGUGGGCAACUCCUUGACUGACCCGGAGCAGCCAGCUGCAGAACAGGGCGCCUGCGUAGGCCUUUCACUGGGCCAGAAGACACCUCCACACUCCCUGCCUCUCUGCUCCAGGUGUGCGGGGCUGGCCGCAGGCCCACACUGAUCACCUAGAUGCAGGGCUGGUAAGGAUGAUUUCCUCUGGAUGUUCUUCCAUGGUUCUCAUAGCACCUCACCUCUUUACCUCCAAAGGCUGUUCUGCAGCCCAAGGGAGGCCAUGCCACACUGCCAGUGACCUUGAAUAGCCAGACACCGCCAUGCCCUGACACCGUGCUCACAAGGUCCUGUUCUGUUGCUGCCAUGGGGUGCCACUAUAUUUUGUAUUACACUUUGAUAUUACACUCUUUUUUAAAAUAGACUUGCGCUCUUAUAAAUGACAUGUAAAUAGUUCACCACUGUGCCCCCUCUGGCACACCAACAGCAUUCCCCUUUUUCUCAGUCCAGUACAUUUGUUUCUGUAUAUGACUCUGUUUUUUGAAUCCAAAUCUCUCUGUAGUAUUUUUUAAAUAAAUGUUUACAGAACUAUUGA